AUGGCACAGAAAGUGGGACCUUUUGGUGGUAACAAAGGAGAUGCCUUCGAUGAUGGUGUUCUAGGCUACACCGGUGUGAAGAAAGUGAUUGUUGGUGAAAACGGGAACGGUGUUGAUUGUAUCAAGAUAGAGUACGAGAAAGAUGGAACGUUCGAGACACAAAUGCAUGGAAGCGUUACCGGAAUACUCAAAGAGUUUGAGCUUAACUAUCCAGACGAAUACAUCACAUCAAUUCAGGGAACCUACAGCAACGUUACGAGAUACAACACAACUAUUGUGAAGACACUUACCUUCAAGACAUCACACGGAAGAACAUCUCCCAUGUUUGGCAACACGGCUAUUUUCUCAACAGAUUUUGUGGUGGAAGGUAAAGCUGGAUCAAAGCUUUUAGGGUUCCAUGGAAGAUCUGGAUCUGCUCUUGACGCCAUAGGAGCUCACUUUUUCGCAACCUCUUCUCCUCUAAAGCAUAUAGAACCUCGUGGUGGGUUCGGAGGAAAUGCUUGGGAUGAUGGCGUGUACGAUGGUGUAAGCAAAGUUUCCGUUGGACUAAACAGUGGCACCAUAGGCUAUGUUAGGUUCAAGUAUGUUAAAGGAAGCACAUCGGUUAAGCAUUCUCAUGGCAAGAUGAGUGAAGAAAUUAAAGAGUUUACGGUGGAUCAUCCAAAUGAGUACAUUUCAUCAGUGGAAGGGACAUAUAACUUUUCUGGUGAUGUGACCUCCCUAACUUUCAAAACAUCAAAUGGGAGAAUCUCUCCUGAGUUUGGAAAAGCGUCUGGUUCGAAGUUUGUACUUGCUGUGAAGGAUCACAUGCUUGUCGGAUUCUGUGGUCGGAACGGUGUCAUUCUCAACUGUCUCUCAGCACUAGGUGCACAUUUUGCGCCGCCAGUUCCAACGCCAUUAUUUCCUGCAAAGAAACUAGAAGCAAAAGGUGGAGAUCAUGGUGCUGCAUGGGAUGAUGGUUUCUAUGAAGAUGUGAGGAAGAUUUAUGUAGGACAAGGUGACUCUGGUGUUUCCUUUAUCAAAUUUGAGUACGACGUUGGCAAGAAGAUUGUAGCUGGAGAUGGUCAUGGGAAGAUGUCAGUUCUUGGAACAGAGGAGUUUGAGGUUGAUGCAGACGACUACAUCGUAGCAGUGCAGGUGACCUACGACAAAAUAUUUGGCCAUGAGACAGACGUCAUCACAUCUAUUACCUUCUAUACAUUCAAAGGGAAGGCCUCUCCACCCUAUGGAUUAGAUACCGAAAAGAAAUUUGUACUCAAGGGAGAAAAUGGUGGCAAACUUAUUGGGUUCCAUGGACGAGCCGGAGAGGUUCUGCAUGCUCUUGGUGCGUAUUUCGUUACAACCACAACUAGUUUGACUCCUGCCAAGAAGCUACCAGCAGUAGGUGGCAAUGGAGGAACCACAUGGGAUGAUGGUGCUUACGAUGGCGUUAGAAAGGUGUUUGUUGGACAAGCACAAGAUGGUAUAUCCGUCGUCAAGUUUGUAUACGACAAGGGUGCUGUGGAAAUUAUAGGAGAUGAACAUGGAAAUAGUACUUUACUCGGAUUCGAAGAGUUUGUACUUGACUAUCCGAGUGAAUAUAUCACGUCAGUUGAAGGCACAUACGAUAAAAUCUUUGGGAGUGAUUCUGAGGUAGUUACCAUGCUUAGGUUCAAGACUAAUAAGCAAACGUCUACUCCCUUUGGAAUUGAAGCUGGGACACCCUUCGAACUUAAAGAAGAAGGCUACAAGAUCGUCGGGUUCCAUGGAAAAGUCAGUGAGCUGCUUCAUCAGUUUGGAGUCCAUGUCCUUCCAAUUACUAAUUGAUCAUCGCAUGCUUUUCUUUCAUUCCAAUGAAUUUGUCACUUGUGUUGUAUUGAAUAAGUUUCCUACUGGUUUAGUUCUGUCUGAUCAUGUUUCAAGUGUUUUAAGUAUUUGUCUCCUUUAUGAUAUUGUUUGUCUUUGAUGUUUUAUAUGUGAUUGAUUUUAAUAAAAUGGUUGAUUUGAU